AACUAUCCCCUCUACAUCCGGAGCGUUCCAACUGAAAAUGAGCUGAAGUUCCACUACACUGUACACACCUCCCUCGACGUGGUGGAUGAAAAGAUCUCUGCGAUGGGCAAGGCUCUUGUAGAUCAGAGGGAACUGUACCUGGGGCUCCUCUACCCCACUGAAGACUACAAGGUAUACGGCUAUGUGACGAAUUCGAAGGUGAAGUUUGUCAUGGUGGUGGAUUCUUCGAACACAGCUCUUCGAGACAACGAGAUCCGCAGCAUGUUCCGAAAACUGCAUAAUUCAUACACGGACAUAAUGUGUAACCCUUUUUAUAACCCGGGCGACCGUAUCCAUUCCAGGGCUUUUGAUAAUAUGGUGAACUCCAUGAUGAUGCAGGUGUGCUGA